AUUCUCAUUCCAGGAUAUUAAUGGCAGCGUUAUGCUGCGCGUACGCGGCUGCGCUGUCGCCGAUUGCCCCUGCGCACGUUUUGGGCGACAGCAGCGAAUGUGCACUGUACCUCAACGGACCUGCUCGGUCCACAGCUUACGACUACAGCAUCAACCUACUCAAGGGCAACUUCGGAUACGAAGGACAGUCCAAUUGCAUCACAUACGAAGCCAUCAAUCAAGCUUAUCUUGAAGCCAGAAACAGAAUCUUGGUAACACUACCAAAAGGAGACUGGAAGGCUGAACAUUUCGCGAGCGUUGGCGAGCUCAUUCUAGACAUAUCCAUCAACUUGGCCCGAAGAUACGGUCUCACCUACGAGGAGAUUGAGAAGGGUCUGCCACUCAUUGAUACAUCCCGCACCCUCAUUCGUGAAGUAUGUCCACCUGUGUUCUCUCACGUGGAGUGCAGAGCUGGCAAAUACAGAAGAUUCGACGGUCUGUGCAAUAACUUGCAGAACCCAACCUGGGGCGCUACCAUGGCUCCCUUCCAGAGAUUAAUAGGGCCACUUUUCGCCGACGGUAUCAACUCGCCUCGUAUCGCUCAUCAUGGAAAAGACUUGCCACUUUCUCGUGUGGUAUCCCGCACUAUGCACCCUGAUGAAGGCUUCCACGACCACGCUGGUACCGUCAUGGUCAUCGCUUGGGGACAGUUCAUGGACCACGAUUACACACUGACUGCUACUCCUCUUGACCCUGUAAACCGUAACGACCCCGAGGAGUGCUGCAAGCGUCCCCCUCAUCUGAAGCAUCCCUACUGCAAUGAGAUCCGCAUCCCUGACGAUGACUACUUCUACCGCCUGUUUGGAGUGAAGUGCAUCGACUUCGUGCGAGGUUUCCCGUCGCCAAGACCUGGCUGCCGUCUGGGUUCAAGAGUUCCAUUCAACACUUUAACCGGAACUAUAGAUGGAAACACAGUUUACGGUGUAACUGAGAAAUUCGCCAGAAAACUGCGAACUGGUUUUGGAGGACUUCUGCGCAUGAACCCAGUGUUCAAAGAGUACGGACUUAAGGACUUGCUGCCCCUCAAACUUGACAUCCCUGAUGAAGGAUGCACCAGGCCCAACAAGAACAUGUACUGCUUCGAAGCCGGUGAAAUUCGAGUAAAUGAACAGUUAGUAUUGACGGUCAUGCACACUCUUAUGGCACGUGAACAUAACAGAGUAGCCAACGGCCUUGCUGAGGUCAACCCCCACUGGGACGAUGAGACACUCUUCCAAGAAGCCAGACGUAUCAACAUUGCUGAAAUACAACAUAUCACUUACAAUGAAUUCUUACCCAUCCUCCUCGGAAAGGACGUUAUGGACAAGUUCGGCUUAGUCGUUGAGAAAGAGGGUUACUGGGACGGAUACGAUCCAGAAGUGAACCCUGACGUCAUCGCAUCGUUCGCCUCAGCUGCUUACCGAUUCGGACACUCUUUGCUACCAACUGCUGUUGAAAGAUGGUCCAAAGCACACAAAUUCAUCGCAUCAAAGAGAUUGUCCGACCUCAUUCGUAGACCAUACGAUUUGUACAGAGCUGGUGUCCUCGACGAAUACGUUAUGGGUCUCAUGAACCAGGUAGCCCAAGCUAUGGACGAUUCUAUCACACAAGAAGUUACAAACCAUCUCUUCAAGAAGGUUGGCGCUCGAUUCGGAAUGGACUUGGUGUCAUUCAACAUGCAGAGAGGUCGUGAAUUCGGUAUUCCCGGAUACAUGGAGUUCAGAAAGUUCUGCGGUCUCCCUCCUGCCGAUACCUUCCAGGAUCUGUUCGGUUCUAUGCCUAACGCCACUGUUCAGAAAUACGAGACAAUCUUCGACCAUCCUAUUGAUGUGGAUCUCUGGUCUGGUGGUGUAUCUGAGCGUCCUCUGCCCGGUUCUAUGUUGGGGCCCACUUUUGCUUGUAUUAUUGCUACUCAGUUCUCAUACUCAAGACGUGGUGACAGAUUCUGGUACGAACUUCCCAACCAGCCAUCAUCGUUCACACCAGAACAACUGAAGGAAAUCAGGAAAGCGCGAAUGGCGCGUAUCAUUUGUGACAACACAGACAUCAUUGACACGGUCCAACUCUACCCUAUGGUCUUGCCUGACCAUGAAUUGAAUCCUCGUGUACCCUGCAGAAGUGGUAUCAUUCCCAUGAUGGACUUCAGUAAAUGGGCUGAGCCCGCGCCGUCGCCCUUCCACGGUGCCGCGAAACAAUUCGUGAGUAGCUUCUCAUAUGACCCAUACUUGGGCAAGAAGUAG